AUGCAGGAACCAACGUUUCUUGACAAGCUAGAAAAAGGACGCCACUCGCAUGGCAUUGUUGUUCGAGUCGUAAGGAAGUGGGUUCACUACGAAAACAAUGGACAGGGUCCACCUCAGUACGUUGGGAUGGUUGUGGCAGACGCAAAGGGAAAUGCCAUAUAUGCUGAAAUUUCAUAUGACCUCAUGGAUGACAAAGCCUAUCUUUUCGAUGUUGGGAAAGUUUAUGUUGUUAAGAAAUUUGUCGUCCAGAAUGCCAAAAAGAGCUACAGAGCAAUUGACAAGAACCUCAUGAUAGACAUUACAGACUACACAACAGUUGAGCUUGUUCAGAAUCCUCCACGCUCAAUUCCAGAGUACAUUUAUAGAAUCACUCCAUUACGAGCCAUUAGACCAGCACGAGUCGUCUUCAACCUGACAGAUGUCCUUGGAUAUCUCAUUAAGUAUGAGGCAGCUCACACAUUUGUUCCAAAGAACAUGGAAAAGGCUAAAACACUCAGAGAAAUCUACAUUAAGGAUUUAGGUGAAAAUGUUAUGAAGAUUACCCUAUGGGGUGAGCAUGCCACAAAUUUUAGUAUCGACAACAUAUACGAUGCUACAACUGAUAAAACAUGUCUAACUGGAAGCUCAGCUUGCGCUUACUAUUUCAACCCUACCAUUCUAGACGCCCGUGCUUAUCACUCUAGGUUCAAAAAUAUGCCAGUCUACAUCGACCGACCUGCGCCAGAAGAAGAGGCGGUUCCAGCUUCGGUCGAAGACAUUCAACUACCAGAAAAAACUAUAGCUGACCUGAACCAUGUUGAUCCCUUUGAUGACAUAAAAGCAGGACCAUAUAAAGUUGCGAGAACGAUUGUGUCUAUUACAAACACUACUAAGCGGUGGUACAUGUCUUGCAAGCCAUGCAAAAAAAGAGUCGAUCAACAACUAGAUGGUACCUACAGAUGCCCAAAGUGUGGAGGCACAACCACAGUUCCUAGGUACCUAUUAUCAUUUAUUGCAAAAGAUGACACAGAUGAAGCACGGUUCUUUGCAUAUGAUGAUGAAGCGAGCAAAAUAAUUCAAAAAGACUGCCAGGCAUUGGUGAACCCAUUGCAUAUAAAAGAAGGAUUGCCUCAGGCAAUGCACAACAUACUUAACAAGACAUAUGUGUUGUCAGUUGAUCUUACCAGCGGAUCGUGCAAAAGUAUGAAAAAAAGGCAGUACCAAGUCAAAGCAGUUCUAGACAAGCCACCGAAGCAGCCUUCGCUGCAGAUCAUGGCAACAUCUCUGUAUCACCCACCUCACACAACAAGCUCAACACCAAUCAUUAAGAGUCCAGAGCAUUCGGCCGAUCUACUUCUGAUUGAGGCCGCUGCACAAUCUACUCCAGCACCUGGUAGCGAACUAGACCAUGAAGCCUCCAAACAUGAUGUCGAUAGGUACAUAAUAAUCCACCAUUCUACAUUGAAACUCCGUAAUAGAUAA